AAAGCCGUUUAAAAUCUUACACGAAAACAAAAAAUGUUUACGGUAUCUUAUACCAAAACAUUAAACCUUUACGGUAUGCGAAAGAUGCUAUGCCGAAACAGAGAAAGUUUACGGGUCGGUCGUAACUACCCAAGCAUGCAAUCUCAUAUUGAGUAUAAAGAACUUGCAAAAUUUCACCCAAUAAAACAGUGUGAAAGCUGGUUAAAAGAGGCAAAUAACUCAUGGCAGCUUGUAUUCGGUUAAAAUGUGUGCACGGAGGUUGUGUUGGCUUCCUCUCUUCUUCUUUAUAUGCUGCAUCAAUGCAAGACCAUGGGAUGUCGAACUUUCAAAUGCUACAUCUCCCAACAAUUUCACCACACAGAACGAAACAUCAGAAAAUGUUACUGUAUUGACUGACGCAGUGCUUAGCAACACCUCAUCACUCGCUAACGAUGGGUCCAAUCGGAGUAAUCAAAUCAAUUCUUCUAGAGAAGCAAGUAACAACAUAGAACACACAACACUGGACACCUCAAGAGACUUUAACACCUCUAGAGUGAAUCAAUUUAAUAGUAAUUCAGUGUCAUGCUUACUCCCAUCAUGCAAUGAAACAUUCCCAUCAUGCAACAAAACACUGUUUCCGUUAUGCAAUAGAACACUACAAACAAAUUCUCUAAACAAUGCAACAACUAUGAAUAAUGCAACUUUGACAUCUUUAAAAGCAAUAAACGCCUCGAAUGUUAUUAUUUCUUCCUCUAACAAUAACACAGUACCUCGACACAUACAGACGUUCGAAACAGGUGGAAUUAAAGAGGAUACUACCAGUGACAGACAUGACAGUAUCAAAGGGCGAAAUCAGCACCAUUCAAUCUCUGAGUUCAGUGGAAACCUGACAAAGAUAGAGUUUGGAACAGUUAGUGAUGCUGAAGACACAAAUGGUACUCGAACUGUAAGUAAACAAAAUGAAACCGUUCAAUUCGAUAUGGGAAAUAAAUCAUACGCCCUUACCAAUGUGACGUCAGAACACAACUGUAGUGGUUGUCUAAGAGACGAGAAUGGCGAUGUGACGUCAUUGCAUUCGUAUAAAGGAACACCUGUAACUGAAGAUGUAGAGGAAGGCUCCGCAAGUGGGGAAGAAAUAAACAUGAAGAGAUGUAAAACUCAACAUUUUAGCACUUCAUCUCGAAGAGAUAUCUUUGAUAUGUUUAGUAGCGAAGAAGAUGAUGAUCUCGCUGCGGCUAAUAUAAACUGUCUAACGGUGACGCGACGUCGUUUAAUUACCAACAAUAAAACACAUCGUAAAGUGACGCAUAGCAACGGGACGAAGACGGAGAAAGAUGACAAAAGUGAAGAAGAGAAGAAUAAAGAAAGACAAGACAUGAAUAAACAAAGAGCAAAAUCGAACGAGCAACGCGCCAAAGAAUUAGAACUUACUAAAUACAAAAUCUUAAACGGUAUACACGAUUCACCCACGCAACCACCCGAUACAAACGAUGAUCGUAACAUCGAAAAUAAAACCAUGGAAAUAGAUCCUUCGAUGUUACCUAGCAACGAAUCAAACAAAGAACCACCCGCCGAUCUUCGUGAUGCUAAUGUCGGAAUUGUUGGCAUGGAUACGCAUCCGGCUAUUGAACCCAACAACAAAACUCAGCGUCGAAACAAAACAAAGGAAAUUAAAAAUACAAACAACGAAAUCACCCGUGUAGACAAAGUCGAUAUCAUUCCCAAGAAAAAAAUACUUUGCUUUGGCGAUUCUAUAACAAAGGGAUUCUAUGGCGACAAUAAAACAUUUAAUCCGUUUUCUAAUAAAUUAGAAGAGUUGUUAAACAAUAACAAAAAGACUGAGUACGAAGUUUUAAACUUUGGAAUUCCAGGAGCAUGUGCAUCAAAGAAAAUGCAAACCCGUCUUCCCGAUGUGAUUAAAGAAGAGAAGCCGUUAGAUCUUGUUAUUCUCUUAGCGGGUACUAACGAUCUGUUAUCGGAAGAUUGCGCAGAUAACCUAGAUUUAUACGCAGAGAUAAAAAAGCUUCAUGAAAGUGUCCACAAGAUGGGCGUAAAAUCUGUUGUGGUCACCAUCCCUGAUAUCUCAGUAAAUGUGAACGGAACUAAAAAGAUGACGAAAGAAGAAUUUAAAGAGGCUUGGAAUGAACUCAACCAAAAACUUCGUUUGUUCGUCUACACUUCUAAAGAAAAUAAUAUGAUAUUAAGUGAUUUAGCAGAUGAGUUUACGAGACAGGGUGUAAAAGACGGUAUGAAUAUGAAUGGGAUGUGGGCGGAUAAAGUGCACCCCUCCAAGGAAGGUUAUGAUCGCAUUGGAGAAAUUAUUUUUAAAGAUAUUGAUGGGAAAUUUUAAGUUUUUAAAAAUUUUUUUUUUUCUUGCGAUGAUAAGCAAAAAAUCGCUUCUGAAGUGUGAUGUGUAGUUAUUUUGAGUAAAAUGACAAUGUAUAGAUGGACGGAAUUUCUGUCAUCAAUACAAAUCACUUCAGCGUCUUAAAAAAAUUCUUUUUGUAUGUAUAUUACAAUCAGCGAGAGAUAACGUAAAUGAUUUUUGCAAUACCAUAUUUUGUAGAUGUAAAAUUUAUCAUCUUGGAUUUUUAUAAAAAUGUUACUUGAUGGCAAGAUAUUCAUAUUUUUACACAGAUGGUAAUAUGUAGUCGCCGAUAAUUUGUUGCUAACUAACAAAAGAAAAAAUAUAUACAGUUCUUUUCCGUGAGUUACAAUUUGCCACUGCUAGAAAUACUGGUGGUGCAGUCAUGAAUUGAAACGCUGUUUCAACAAAAAUUUGAAGAAAAAAAACACAUGGCGAAUAUGCUAUUGUAAUGUUGGUGAUUUACCCCUAGCACAAGUGUUCUAUAAUCUUACUGUCGCCAUCAAGAUUAUCAUGAAGGUAAAAUGUGCUGGGAACGAAGUUGAUAUCAAACCAUGUGUUGACAUCAACAGUUUCAAUCACAGUACUUUUAUGGAAAAAAUAGUGGCCAAACUGUAAAAAAUUGAUUUUUUUUUAUAGUUCAGUGUUCUUAUAUAAAAUGUCAUUUAAUAUAUACAGUUAGAUAAGAGUACAUUAAGAGACUUUUGAAGGCUAAAUUCCUAAUUUUUCGAACUAACUGUUGCACAAAGUUAAGAUAUAAGUUUCUGGAAACUAAAAGUAUUAGGUUAUGUAAACUUUUGUUUUCUGUGCCAUAAAAAGUUGGAAAUACCCAUACAGUUGUGUUUUGGGAGAUUUUAAAGCCACUGAAGAUGUGGCUUGAUUAUUGUUUUUUCACGUACUGAAAAAAAAGAAGAACAACAAAGACAUUAUUGAUCUUUCUGUUCUACCAUCUUACAUCCUGCCUUUCUUUUUCAGUUCACUGGUCACAUAACAAUAGUAUCAACUUCUGUUUUUGCAUUUAAUGGCGGUCACUAAAUAUAAAUAUGUUUUACAUUCUCUUUGCGUUUGAUUGCUACUUCAGUUAAAUUACAUUAUAAUAUUAUCUAAGUUUUAUAAAGAAAUUAUAAAAAAUUAUCUUGGC